AUGUUCUCAGAAUUAACAUAUGUUCCGGGAGCGCUGUCAGAUGUUCUUGCUGUUGAUAAGUGUAGUGCUGUGGAGACUGUGAAAUUACAGAAGCGAAAUGAAGUCAAAUUUCAGAAUGAUGGUGAUGCGGUAUAUAGAGAAAUAGUAGACAAGAAUGAUCGAACCGUUUUUGUUGGAAAUGCUCCGCUGUCAAGCACUAGGAAGGAAAUCAAAAAGUUGUUCUCUCAGUUUGGUGCUGUUGAAAGUGUGCGGUUGCGUUCUGUUAUUGCUGCUAGUGAGAAAAUUUCUAAAAAGGUUGCGGUAUUGAGGCGAGAAAUUUCAAGUGAAAUGAAGUCUUUAACCUUCUAUGUGAAAUUCAAAGAUCCAAAUGCAAUUGAAAGAGCUCUUAUAAUGUAUUGUGGGAAUUUACUCAGAGUGGAUCGUUGUUGCGGCAAGAGAACGUACAGUUCUCAAACAACAGUUUUUGUGGGAAAUUUGCCUUAUGAUGUGUCCGAAAACGAACUUGUCGCGCAUUUUGAGAUGACCGGAAAUGUUUCUUUUGUCAGAAUAGUUCGAGAUCGAAAAACUGGUAUUAGCAAAGGCUUUGCCUUUGUAGCAUUCAAGGAAAGUUCCUCGAUUCCGCUGGCAUUACGUCUAGAUGGAUCUAAUUUUAAAAACCGCAGUUUACGAGUUACUAGAGUAUUAAAAAAAAACAAGAUCAGAGGUAAGAACUGUCAAAGAUUAAGAACUGGUGCGAAGCUGCACGAUGGCCGCAUGAAGUCUGAUAGAUGCAACGAAAAUAGGGCAAGAAGAUUUCACAGAAAAGGCCGAGGACGGAGAUUAAAAAAUACUGUUAUGACCUAA